AUGUCUUCUCCUGUGAUCGGAAUCACCUUUGGUAACACCUCUUCUUCCAUUGCCUACAUUAACCCAAAAAAUGAUGUAGAUGUUAUUGCGAACCCAGAUGGUGAGCGUGCCAUUCCAUCCGUUCUGUCCUACGUCGGUGAAGAUGAAUACCACGGUGGCCAGGCUCUGCAGCAAUUAAUCAGAAAUCCUAACAACACUAUCAUCAACUUCCGUGACUUUAUUGGUUUACCAUUCGAUAAAUGCGAUGUUAGCAAGUGUGCUAAUGGUGCCCCAGCCGUUGAGGUUGACGGUAAAGUUGGGUUUGUCAUCUCAAGAGGUGAAGGUAAGGAGGAGAAACUCACCGUUGAUGAAGUUGUUUCCAGACAUCUGAACAGAUUAAAGUUGGCUGCUGAAGAUUACAUUGGUUCUACCGUCAAGGAAGCCGUUUUAACCGUUCCAACAAACUUCACUGAAGAACAAAAAGGUGCCCUGAAGGCAUCUGCCGCCAAGAUUGGCUUAAAAGUUGUUCAAUCUAUUAACGAACCAUCUGCCGCUUUAUUGGCCCAUGCUGAACAAUUCCCAUUCCAUAAGGAUGUUAACGUUGUCGUUGCUGACUUCGGUGGUAUUAGAUCCGAUGCCGCUGUUAUUGCCGUUCGUAAUGGCAUUUACACUAUUUUAGCCACUUUCCAUGACCUCAACUUAGGUGGUGACAAUCUGGAUACUGAAUUGGUUGAAUAUUUUGCCAGUGAAUUCCAAAAGAAGUACCAAGCCAAUCCAAGAAAGAAUGCUAGAUCUUUGGCCAAAUUAAAGGCUAACUCUUCUAUCACUAAGAAGACUUUAUCCAACGCCACUUCGGCCACUAUUUCCAUCGAUUCUUUGGCUGACGGUUUUGAUUAUCAUGCUUCCAUCAACAGAAUGAGAUACGAAUUAGUGGCUAACAAAGUCUUCGCUCAGUUUUCCUCCUUCAUCGAUUCAGUCAUCGCCAAGGCUGAAUUAGAUCCGUUGGACAUCGAUGCUGUCCUUUUGACUGGUGGUGUUUCAUUUACUCCAAAAUUGGCCAACAAUUUGGAAUGCACAUUACCAGAAUCCGUCAAAAUUCUUGGUCCACAAAACAAGAAUGCUUCUAACAAUCCAAACGAGUUGGCUGCAUCUGGUGCGGCUUUGCAAGCUAGAUUAAUCAGCGAUUACGAUGCUGGCGAGCUAGCUGAAGCUUUACAACCAGUCAUCAUCAAUACCCCACAUCUAAAUAAGGCCAUUGGUUUGGUUGGUGCCAAGGGCGAAUUCCAUCCAGUAUUACUGGCCGAAACUUCGUUUCCAGUACAAAAGAAAGUAACUUUGAAACAAGCUAAGGGUGACUUCUUGAUUGGUGUUUACGAGGGUGACCACCACGUUGAAGAAAAGACUUUGGAACCAGCUCCAAAGGAAGAAAAUGAUGAAGAAGGCGAUGAAAGUGAAUGGUCCGACGAUGAACCUGAAGUCGUCAGAGAAAAGCUAUACACUUUGGGUACCAAGUUGAUGGAAUUAGGUAUUAAGAACGUUAAUGGGAUUGAAAUUACUUUUAAUAUCAACAAAGACGGUGCUCUAAGGGUUACCGCUAGAGAUUUGAAAUCCAGCAAUGCUGUUAAGGGUGAAUUAUAG